GACGUCAGUGGCACAGGUACAGACCUGUCCUAGCCACGUCUGACACCCGACACUUUCAGCUCCGCGAGUAUUUUCAUUGAUUUAUGAUACAUGAUGAGGAUGAGCACAAAAUGAGUUUUGACAGCGAUUUAAAAACCAAACUGCUUCAGCAGGAGUGCCACUUUACUUGGUCUCUAAGAGAAGAAGACUUUAAUCUCUUCGAUUUACUGAAUCGCCUCAGGGAACAGAUUCAGUUGGAAUCCGGCCAGGCGAGAGUAACACGAGCUUACAGCACAUUAGGAUAUAUUCAUUACCUCCAUGGCAACCUACAGGAAGCACUCACAAAUUUGCAGAAAUCUGUGCAGCUUGCACAAGAAUAUUACAAAGAGAGUGAAUUAGUUCUUAUUGUCACCUAUGGGGACCUUGCUUGGUUGCACUAUCAUAUGAAUGAAUUCUCUUCAUGUGCAGACUACUUGAGACAGUUAGAAAGUAUCCAUGAAAAACUUUCUGAUGAAUUCACCUCUAACCUCCCUCUAGAGGUGCUCAGAGAAAAAGGGUGGGCUUUUCUUAAAGUCUCUCACAAAUAUUACAAUGCUGCAAAAGAAUGCUUCAGACAGGCCCUUGAAUUGAUCCCAGAUGACAAUGAUUUAAAUACAGGCUAUGCAAUUGCACUGUACAGGACUACAACUGAAACCACUGACUCGCAUGACUCACCAACAAUACAACAACUCCAAAAAGCAAUAAAGCUCAAUACAGAUGAUGCUGUUCUACCAGUUUUGCUGGCCCUGAGAAAAGUCCGUAAAAAAAAUUAUACAAAAGGUGAUAUGACAGCAUCACAUACUGAACAGGACAUACAGAUUGUGAUUUGUGCUCUUUUGAAGGCUCCUGAACACCCACAUGUCAUAAGAUAUGCAGCAAAAUACUUUCGUGAUUUGAAAUUGGUGGAUAUGGCCAUAAAUCUACUGGAAAAAGCACUGCAGUGUUCCCCAGGCUCAGCCUUCAUACACCAUCAAUUAGCUCUGUGUUACAAAAAGAAGUCUGAUGUAAGUCAGCAAUGCUUGAAAAUGUGCAUUUUUCAUCUAGAAAGAGCAUAUUCUCUAAGGCCCUCAUUCAUUUUCAGUAUGGCAGAUCUGGCACUACAUUAUGGAAAGGAUGGUAGGAUCUCAGAAGCUGAGAGGCUUUUCAAACAAGCAUUUAAAGAGGCAAAUUACAGAAAGGAGCAUCUGCAGUUUGUUUAUUGUUCAUAUGGCAAUUACCAGCGCUACACCAAAAGAUCUGAACAACUAGCCAUACAGAACUUCAUGCAAGGUCUGAGGCUGCAGCCUGAAUCAGCAGAAGGCAAGAUGUGUGCGAGGAGCCUGGAAAAGGUUGCUGAAUAUCGUAUUAAAAGGCUGAAAGAUCCUAAUGACAGUACGGCUUGUUGCAUAAAAGGAUUCAUUCAUGAAGUAAGGGGUGAAACACUCAAAGCUGCAGAGUUCUAUGAGAGAGCCUUAACGAAUGGUCUUCCUGUCGGUGAAAGCAUUCUUCUCACAGAGGUCAGGAUUUGGCUCAUGGGCUUCAAAAAAUCAGGAAAAUCUGACGGUGAUCUGCUCUUUAAAGAAGCGUCAAGGAUUUGUGAUGAAGGACAGUUUGACGAUGACAGGCUUAAGACCGUCAAAGGGAAAUUGCUAGAGAAAAAUGCGCACUUGGUAGAGAUUGACAUUGUCAAUGCCAAGAGGAUUCUUAAAUGGGAAAGACGUGCUCUCACUCCUGGACCUCAUGCAGUUCUACUCGUCUUUCAUGUAGAUCGUGGGGAAUUCACAGACAAGACCAAAAAGUUUCUUGAAGAUUUAGAGUUUCUUGGAGAGAAAUUUUGGAAUCAUGUCAUUGUGGUAUUUAGAGAAGGAGACUGUGGAAUAAAUGAAUAUACUGGAGCUCAGAGAGAAGUACUGGAGUGGAUUCGUGAAAAAUGUGGAUACAAAUACUACAUCUCUGGAAUUUCACCAGAAAUUACAGAGCGGAUUGAGCUGUCAGAGAGGAUAGUAAGGAUGAUCAGGAGAAAUAAUUCAAUGCAUCUGCUUUUACCAGAGAUUUCAGAUGGAGCUUCUCAAUCCCCUUCAGAGGACUUAAGAGGGACAGACAAAAAAGAAGAUUAUUUGUUCACUCCUGAGGUCAUUGUUCAGGAUGGACAAACUAAUUACAGGCUACAAUGCAAUCAUACAGGCUGGGUCCAUUGUGAGUUUACACAGCUUGGUUUUAACAUGAAGGGAGAAGGGGAAGUACUGUACAGCACUGUUAUUCAGGAGAGCAACUGUCCAGCCCUCGCCAACUGUUACCCAGCAGGACCUCUGUAUGACAUCAGAUGUGUUCAGGGUGAGCUCUCUCACCUCAAACUGCCACACUGUGAGACCUCCAUUGAGGAUGCCCACCACUGCCUGUCAGUUAUACAUUACUCAGGCCGUAUUGUUGAGGUUCUGAACCCUCAGAAUAUCUCAAGGACACAUGUGACAGUGAGCAUCCCGGGAACAUCACGAUUUAGACUUUCCAAGAUAAUAAACUGGUUUAAGGAAAAGAUAAUUGGACAAGUGAUUCUGAUGUACAUUCAAGCAACACACACAUUGCAUGUGUUCCUUCUACCACUCAAUGUGGACCCCAGAAAAGUGGCUGAGUGUGAUGAAAAUUAUACAUGGGUCCGAACAACCUGUGAUUGCACACUUGAAUAUAACAGUACAUACAGCAUGUUCUGUGAUCUUGUAGAGGAACAUGGACUUUCAGAGAAGCCAAUAAUAAAGAUACAACCAAAGAGCAAACAAUUUCAAUGCACUUUUAAGAACAGACAUCAAUACAAUCCAACAUUUGAAAUAUUCCUGCCAGAUAAUGUGAUGAAUGUGAAAUUAAAUCUCAUAAAGGAGAAAUCAAAUACAGAAAAGGACAAAGAUGUGUGGGACUGUGAAAUACGCCUUGAAAAUGUCAAAAAAUUGGUCAGUGAGCAAAAUGUAAAAACCAAAUUGGACAAUGAGCAAUGUGAAUCCUUUCUGAAAAACAACAGAAGUGACAUCGUUCAAAAGGUUGUAAAUGUGAAAUCUAUUUUAGAUGGCAUUGCUGUUACUGACUUUAUUCACCAAGAAAAGCUGAAUGAAAUCAAUGCACAGAAAUUAAAUCAGGAUAAAAUUAGGGCCAUAUAUGAUUUGAUGGUAGUACCUGGAUUCGCUAAACAUUUUUUCAGUUUGCUUCAGGAAAAUGAACCACGACUUGUGGCAAGUCUGAUGCACAAUAAAUCAGCGGACAAGUGAGAG